AUGCUGAAGCAAGGUAAACGGAAGUCGGCUCCAAAGUCUAGGAACGGCUGUUUGACGUGCAGGGCCCGGAGAGUAAAAUGUGACGAACGGGUUCCGGUUUGCACGUUGUGUUCCCGUAUCCAGCGACCAUGUGUCUGGAAACGAACACAACCAAACUCCCGACGUCCACUUCUGCCCCAGAAAACAGAUCGGCUCUGUCAGGUUCAGCCUUCGGAAAGCCUGCGCUUCGUGAACCAGGAUGAAGCCCUUUACUUCCGAGCGUACCAAGAAGAAGCAUGUCUAGAAUUAUCUAGAUACAAUAAGUCUUCCGCCUGGAGUUACACUCUGCUUCAGGCAUGUUACCAUGAACCCUUCGUACUACGAGCUUUAGUGGCAAUCGGAGCUUUCAACAAAUCCAUCAAACAAGGUUACUUUGCCACCGCUGGUCCAGCUUCUGAGAGGAAAGCCAACAUGGAAAUUGCAAACAGGCACCAAACCUUUGCUUUGGCAUCUUACGAUCGCGCAAUAGUUGGUAUGCAACAGAUUGUGCCCGUCCCACAAGAUCCAUCGUCACUGAGGAACGCUCUGCUGGCAUGUCUUGUCAUUUACUGUAUUGAGCUACUUCUGAAAUCUCCCACAACAGCGCUCAAUCAAGGUCAGAAUGGGUACUCGCUUCUCCAGCAAUGGUCGGAAAACAAAAGCGCGCUGAGUGCGGGGCUGUCAUCCCCAAAUCCCAGUGUGGUUGACGAAGAGAUAUUCCAGGAGUACGGACGUAUCGAACUCUAUCAUGCAAUCAGGUGGGGUGUCAAGGAUUUACCCCGCCAUAUGAAACGACGACAAGAGGGGGCAGUCACAGUGAAAAAUAUGCCAAUUCGGUUCAGCAUCAUGGAAGAGGCAAGAAGAUUCCAGCAACUUAUUAUGAGACGUACGUUUCAUCUGCUGGAUGAGUCGUAUGCUCGCAAUAUCAUGCUCAAGCAGGACUUGAGGCAUCCUUAUACAGCGGAUAGUCCAGGCGAGCUGAUGGACCCAUGUUACGUACCCACGAUGCUUGUGGAGGAACGUAAUCAGUACAUCAAAGACAUCAGAAGAUGGAUCAAAGCAUUCGAGCCGGUCUUCGCCAAGGCUAUGAAAUCUACAGAUCCACCUGCGCAAUCAGAAGCAGCUCUUCUCCAAAUCCAAGUUUUGGACGCCGAAAUAUCAUUAGCGGGUGCUUUCUUCACUAAACAAACCGAUCAUGACCAAUUCCUCCCCUCUUUCGCACAGAUCGUCUCACUUUCUCGACAUAUAAACCAUUCGAACAUCAAGCUUUGGAACACCAAGUCCCCAGUCUUCAACUUUCCCGACAGUAUCGAGAAGCCACUCUAUGACACAGCCAUAUUCUGCCGUGACAAAUCCAUCCGACAAGAAGCACUCACCAUUCUCCGUACCACCGCACAUCGAGAUCCAACAGGGCAACAAGCCCGACUAGCCACCCGAGCUUUCUUCAUCGUGGAUUUGGAGGAAGCAAACCGUUUACCAGAUGGGACGAUACCUGAAGACGGCCGAUGGACAAUUAUCUGGAUCUUACACCAUUACAAGGAAUCAGAAAAUGACAUGACCAUCGUCUGCUGUAGGAAGAUAGGACACCCGAUGGGAGAGCAAUACCCUGCGCAAAGAGAAUGGAAGCGGAUGACCUUCUCAGAAGAUGAGGCAGAGACGAUGGCAAGUCCUGCUUGGACCGAAGACAUCCACUUCUCGCCUUGGGCACCGAAACGGAAUUUCUUCAAGCCAGCGUGUAUUGCGUGGAGGGAGGUACACGAUGAGUUACUGGGGAAGAAAGAUCGUUCGAGAAUUGGCUGAAGUAGUAGUUACAGUGACUGGAGAUCUUUUAUCCUGGCGUUCAGAGAUAGCCACCAGAUAUAUCGUUCCGGCACAAAGCCAUCUGAUCCGAAAUGCAGAGAUAUACGACGGCUUGUCACAACACCCAGAUACCUGUUCAGCAAUCCAGGACCCGGCUCCAAAACGCACAGACUCUCAUGCACGCCAUGCAUAUGUUCUUACUUUGCCCGCUACUCGAUUUGCCCGGAACACAUACACCUUUCUGCAAACAUUUUGGGUAUCUAAGCGAUUAACAAACUUUCUGGAGAUACUGUACCAUACGCUGGGGUGUCCAAUACCCCAUUCGCUGGAAACGGGGUUUCGGGAAUAUUCGGACAGAACUUGAGUGUGCUCUCAUGAUGCAUGUGCAAGCUCACGUGCUCGUGUCAAAUGCGAGCCUUUUUGGGAAGGAACGAGGAAGAUGCGAAUACGAAUAUACUUCUACUGGCAUCAAAUUGUAUAAUGAAUAUAAUAUGUAAUCGAGUCUGAGCCCCUGGCUCCAGAAAUACCUACAGGCUAUUUAUCCCCAAACGUCACAGCAUGUCACUGGUUAGAUUGCUCGACCGUGCCGUGUCGUACAUACUUGCCCAAGAUUAGGAUCAUUAGGUCAUCACUUCACCAGUUCUAUUUCUCACAUUUAAUGAAAUGGAUACACCAAUAGACUC